CUGUCCUAUCCGCCCAUCUAGCACUGCACACACACACACACGCGCGCACAGUCUAACUUACGUUUGAGCUCAAGACUUGCACUGUCUUGAAACUAAGUAACGAAAAAAACUCAAGUAACUACUCGAACAGACAAUGAACAGAAUACCGGUUUAAAAGUCAAAGAUCACACUUGAACAUAUGCAAUGGCCAGCAACAUCUCCUUGGGAAACGUGACGAAAGAAACUCCGCAGCUUUGUUUCGGCAUUCAAUUUUUUGUCUCCUAUUUCACGGUGGCCAAAUGGAUAGAUGUUUCCACUAUAGUUAUAGGCACCGCAAUCAACACAUGGUUAAUUGCCGCUAUUUUAAGCUCCAAAGACCUACGAUCGCGCAUGCGUAAUAAAAUGCUUAUCGGCAUGUGCUUCCAGCAUCUCUUUGAGGUUCUGAUUUAUUUACCGCUACAACUGAAGGUCAACGAUGAGUAUAAGAUACUCUAUCAAUGCCACUUCGCAAAGGCUUAUAUAUUAGUCUUCUAUUCCAACGAAUUCGUUUCUAACUGGAAUUUCGUAAUGAUUUUAGCGUUUGCUGUUUAUACCGCUCAUGGAUCUGAAGUCUUCUCCAAGAUGAUUGGCUACAAGCGUGUUAUUGGCUCCUACGGUGUCCUCUUGGCGCCAUGGCUCAGUUCAUUCAUCUUCAUGCUGCCGAUCGUGUUCGGCUUUCAAUUCGCCUCCAUCUCCCAGAAUCCUUCAGGCGUCUGCAAAGGCGACCAGGCCCGGACGAGGCCGAUAAUAUUAACACUAACCGUCGGCAUCCCAGUGACUCUAGUAGUGAUGCUCUUUGCGGCUUUGGUCUUCUUGAAACGUAGGCGCCAAGCGAUGGAGAAGCAGGACGAGGAUAUGUCACAGCAGUUGAUUGAUGAGAGUUCGGAAGCUGACCCUCUCGCUCCAUUUGUAGCAUUUGUUCUGAUUGUCGUUCUCUGCGACAUCUGGAUUUUGAAUAUGUUUCAAGUCGUGGACAUUUACAAGGACUGCGCAAAAAUCUUAGUGUUGUUCAUCCUAAACAUCCUGGAGGGAGUUCGAGUUUUAAUACUUCCAUUGGUGUUGCUGCUGUUUCCAGAAGUAAGAGGUCAAGCUUUGCAACUCUUUCGAUUCCUAAGACCCAAGACUAAACCAGCUUUAACUUUUACCUACACCAAGGAAGUUUAGUUGACCCCAGUGGACUCUUUGGUAGCAUCCUCAAGAUGUGAACCUGCUGAUGUUUAUAAAUUAUUAUACAUUCCUUAAGAAAGUUGAGAUUUGACUGCAAGCCUUUUAUGAACAAUCAAGUUAUUUACAAGUUUGAAUAAAUGUAAUCGGAAUGAGGAUAACAUUUCUUUUAUUUUUCCUUUUUUUUUUUUUUUGGCUUUUAAAAAUUCUUUUAAGCUUUUUUUUAAAA